UAUGUGUACAAAGUGUUCGACGACCGACGAUGAUACGGAUAAACGUACAUUAAGAAUUCAAUUUUUGAUUUUUUAUUCGAAAUUCCUUGUCUUUCGAUGCAUGCGUGCUCCCUCCUGGUAAAUUAUUUCAUUGAUUAUUGUUGAAAUAGGAAGAUUCGCGGUUUCCUGCAUGUUGCAGAAGAAAAGGGAAAAUUUUGGCUACAUCGAAGAAUGGAAUACUCGAAAUUUUCAUGCCGACAUAAAACGACGAAGCCUCGAGAUUUGAUAAACCUUAUCAACGGUAUUGUACAAAGUGCGGGACAACACACAAAGAUCAACUGGCCUAGUUUCGAAAUAUUUCGACAACGAUUUACCCCAUCGCAGCCCACCUUAUUUCGAUCUACCAUCUCAAGCCAGUGAGCCAUAAUUAAAUAUCCAUUAACUGCCUUGAUGCCUAAUGGGGAUUAAUAUCACGAUAAGAACCCAAUAUCGAUGAAACUGUAGUUACAUCACAUUAUUUGACAGAGUUGAUAAUCCAGUGCAUUAGAGUGGAUCUCGAUAGUAUAUAAGUUCAUCAGCUCAACGAAAAUAUUACUAUUUCCUGAGAUCCCUCGAGCAGAAGAUGUCGAAGAUCAUCGCACUGUUGGCUUUGGCUGCGCUGGUACGCGGUGCCACGGUAACGCCGAACCUACUGAAAGAAUACCCACUGUCGCCAUGGGAAGGACGGAUAAUAGGCGGUGAAGAUGUCGCCAUAGAGGAUGUGCCAUAUCAGAUAAGUCUCCGGUUCCAGGGUAGCCACAUGUGCGGAGGUGCAAUUAUAUCGGAAUAUUGGGUCCUAACAGCCGCGCAUUGUGCUGGUGAAGAACCUUCGAGAUACGCGAUCUACGCUGGAUCGGCUCACAGACUUCGAGGUGGUUCGAAGCAUUCGGUAGCCAAGGUAAUUGUUCACGAGGGAUUCGGUAUCGAAAAGGGCCUACCGAUCAACGACAUUGCUCUGAUAAAGGUCAAACAACCAUUCAAAUUGGACGCGACUCGUGAGCCAGUCGAUUUAAUGGACAGCAGAACAAAUUCACUUUUUGACUCAGAGGCAGUCAUAACUGGCUGGGGAGUCACAGGCGGCUGGAACUUGCCAACGAUUUUGAAAAUCGUCAAAAUACCUAUCGUCGAUAGAGCACGCUGUGACAGGUGCUAUAAAAAGUUCGGUGGCCUUCCACCCCGGCAAAUAUGCGCAGCAGUUCCAGAAGGUGGAAAAGACGCGUGUCAAGGUGACUCCGGUGGUCCACUGGUAGUUGACGGACGUCUCGCGGGUGUCACGUCAUGGGGCAACGGUUGUGCUCUUCGUGGACAACCUGGUGUCUAUACCGAAGUCGCUGCUUAUCGCCAAUGGAUCAGAGAGAAGACUGGAGUGUGAAUCGUCAUUAUCCUACCCUUCAAUUCCACCCUUCUAGGCAACAAAAUUCUCGUAACGUAAACCGUAAAUCAGCUUCGAUUGGAAACUUGGAUAAUUACGUCGGACAUACUUCACUCAGGGACUCUGCUAUAAAAUUUUUCGUAUAUGGAAAUGGAAGAAAAUCUCGAAAAAAAUUAAUGUUAAGUGCCGUAGGUACAGUUUCUGAAAAUAAAUUUGAUAAUUAUCAGAAUUUUGUUCUGAAUAUUCAAUUUAUGUGUGUUGCCAUCCUUCCAUUUUAUUAUGGGUAUCGAACGAGCUUAGCUUCGUCGAUCGCAGUUUCACUCCUUAAAAUCGUGGGCUCUUAAAUCUACAAGAGUUUUUAUCGGGAUAUCAUCAGAUAAUUGGUUUGCAUCGAUCAGAUCUCUCAAGUUUCGUGGUAAAUUGAGGCCACAAUCUAAAAUUGGUUAAACUACGCCCUGAUUCGAAUUGAACAGGUUCCUAUAAUGUUUAUGCUAAUCUGGUUGCUGAUCUCGUCUAUUCGUGGAAAAUUAAAACAUCGUGAUUGAACGAGAGUCGGAUAAAAAAUAUUACGAAAUUCCGAUUCGUCAUAAAUUGUCUCGAGAUCUAGUCGACUCCU